UUGUGCCGCGCUCCUGGGAAGUUUCCGAAGUAAAGUUCAGUGUUGUGAGUGCCGGAGCCCGGGUGGCAAGAGGCCCCGCUGUGCCUGGCGAACCUGGGGACCUGAAAUCUAUACUCUCAAAAUCUUCUCUACAUUGUCAACAGCAACAGAAAAAUGAAUGAAUCUCUGGGGUUGGUAUCCUUUGAGGAUGUGUCUAUGGACUUCAGCUGGGAGGAGUGGAAGGACCUGGAUGGUGCCCAGAGGACCCUGUAUAGGGAUGUAAUGCUGGAGACCUAUAGCAACAUGGUAUCCUUGGGGUACUGCAUUCCUAAACCUGAAGUGAUUGUGAAGCUGGAGCAAGGGGCAGAGCCAUGGCUGGGAGAAGCCCCAGAUAAGAGUAUCACAGAGAGAGACCAGUGUCCACCAUCAUUAGAGGACAUUUCAGCCACUGGAGAUUCCACUAUGGACAUUGGAACAAACAGAAACCAAACAUUCUGGAUGCCAAGUUAA